AUGUCAAUGCCAAGGCUGGUUUUUGCUGCGUGUAUCUUUUCAAUGGCUGCAAUUGUUCUAGCAGACCUGCCUGUAACAUAUAUCUUUGGUGACUCCUUAACAGAUGUUGGGAACAAUAAUUUUCUGCAAUAUUCGUUAGCCAAAUCUAACUAUCCCUGGUAUGGGAUUGACUACAGUGGUGGCCAGGCUACUGGAAGAUUCACCAAUGGGAGGACUAUUGGUGAUUUCAUAUCUGCAAAGCUUGGAAUUACAUCACCACCAGCUUAUCUGUCAGUAUCUCAAAAUGUUGGUACCUUACUCAAAGGGGUCAACUAUGCAUCUGGAGGGGCAGGAAUUCUGAAUGAUACAGGACUUUAUUUUAUUCAGAGGUUAUCUUUCGAUGAUCAAAUAAACAAUUUCAAGAAAACAAAAGAAGUAAUCACGGCAAACCUAGGAAAGGUGGCUGCCAACAAGCACUGCAAUGAAGCCACAUACUUCAUUGGGAUCGGCAGCAAUGACUACGUCAACAAUUUCUUGCAGCCCUUCUUGGCAGAUGGACAGCAAUACACUCAUGAUGAGUUCAUUGAGCUCUUAAUGUCAACCUUAGAUCAGCAACUUCAGAAUAUCUAUCAACUAGGAGCACGAAAAAUAGUCUUUCAUGGCCUUGGUCCACUAGGUUGCAUUCCAUCACAGAGGGUUAAGUCUAAACAUGGCCAAUGUCUAAAGCGAGUCAAUGAAUGGAUCCUACAAUUCAACUCAAAUGUGCAAAAGCUAAUUAACACACUCAACCAUCGUCUUCCGAAUGCAACCUUCGUAUUUGCAGACACUUAUCCAUUAGUGCUUGACUUGAUCGAAAAUCCCUCCACUUACGGUUUCAAAGUUUCAAAUACAUCUUGUUGCAACGUAGAUACGAGUGUUGGCGGGUUGUGCUUGCCAAACUCAAAGGUGUGCAGAAACCGCCAUGAGUUUGUAUUUUGGGAUGCCUUCCAUCCUUCAGAUGCAGCUAAUGCUGUUCUUGCAGAAAAGUUUUUCUCCCUUCUUUUCACACCACCUCAUUCUGCAGCACCAUCUCCUUCUCCCACCCCAUAA